CAGAGCUGCAUGUUAACGCGUAUGCCUCGGCAAAUGCCACCUGCGAAAUCGAAGGUGGUCGCUAACCUCAAAUAAAAGUUUUUUGUAAGAUUUGCACAAUAUAAUUUCAUGCUCAGGGCGACUAUGACGAAUUUAAGGAAAUUCAUCGACAUUGGGGCCAAUUUAACUGAUCCUAUGUAUCAGGGUAUAUAUAAUGGGUCUCAGAAACAUGAGCCUGAUUUAGAUAAAGUCUUAGAACGGAGUUGGUCCAAUAAUAUUUCCAAAAUCAUAAUCACUGCUGGAAAUAUUGAAGAGAGCAAAAAGGCACUAGAAUUAGCAAGGACCGAUGAUAGAUUGUUUUCCACUGUGGGUUGUCAUCCAACACGAUGCAUUGAGUUUGAAGAAUCUGGAGAUCCCGAACUAUACUUAAAAUCGCUGACUGAUCUAGCGGCAGAAAACAAGGAUAAAAUAGUGGCAAUUGGAGAAAUGGGAUUAGAUUAUGAUCGAUUACAUUAUUGUCCCAAAGAUACACAGAAGAAAUACUUUGAAAUGCAACUGAGUAUGUGCUCGACACUCAAGCUUCCUAUGUUCUUACAUUGCCGAAAUGCUUCUGAAGAUUUUGUGCAAAUUUUGAGGAAGCAUAAAGAUAAACUAACCAGUGGUGUUGUACAUUCCUUUGAUGGCAACCCAGAGGAUGCAAAUUCUAUAUUACAAAUGGGGCUUUAUAUAGGAAUUAACGGAUGUUCCCUCAAAACCGAGGAUAAUCUUUUUGCUGUGACUACAAUUCCUUCGGAUAGACUGAUGAUAGAAACUGAUUGCCCGUGGUGCGAAGUCAGACCAACGCAUGCGGCAGCUAAACAUAUUAUUACAACUUUUCCUUCACUAAAGAAAGAAAAGUGGCAACCAGACCAGAUGGUGAAGGGGCGUAAUGAACCCUGUAAUAUUGUACAAAUUUUGGAGAUAUUGGCUCGUGUUCGGGACGAGGAAGAAGAAUAUUUGUGCAACCAAAUAUACAAAAAUACAAUGAAGCUAUUCUUUCCCCACGAGUUGUAACUCUGUAAUUUACGAAUAUUUAUUGAUAAGUGUGAAUGUAUCACACUCAAUAAUUUACUAUUAGGAAUAUAAACUAAGUCUUUUUGCAUUGAACAUUUAUCAGGCUUUUGGAAUUUUCAAUUCAUAGCAACGUUAUGAACAUAAUCUGCAUGUGUAAUCUGGAAAGUGGUUGAAGAAACUAGUAUAACUUUGUUUGAAACUAAAUAUCAGAGUCGAAUCUCCAUGCCUUGCAUAAUUAAUAAUAUUACUGCCAUGCAAUUUAUAAUUUGAAAUUACAAAUAAAUAACUAGGUAACAAUUGUCACAUCGAAACUUAUCUCUGCAUGAAAAUAUUCGUAUUAUUUGUGUCUAAUACAAUAGAACGUUGCGCUCUUCAUGAAUAUCAUCUAUCAAAUUGAUCUGCGAAAAGAUUGAUAAAACGCCUGCAAAUAUUCAUUGCAAAAUGAAAUUAAUAAUUUAUACUUACAGUUAAAUCAACGUGAACGUUUGAUGCGUUUACUAUAAUAUCUUCGCAAGUGAAUUGAAGCCAAAUAAAAAAUACCCACCGCUCAGCUUAAUGCCAUAUUUAUAUUUCACGAUUGCAUUUUUGCUGUAGAACAGUGUCGUGAUGAUUACUAGAUUAUCAGAAUUUACGCGAAUGAGUACAUGUAUGUAAUAUUAAAAAGUGGCUUGAACCGAUCCAGAGGAUUGAAAGUAACGUGUCAGGACAGUAGUUAUAUAGAUUAAGGCUACUUGUUUUUUCAAAUAAGAAAAAAAUUUAAAAGAUCAAUUUGUAUGGUAAUAAACGUAACUUAUUUUAUUUA